AAAAUCAAAACGCGGUCACUUUGAACACGUGUUUGCCUGAAGAACCGCCGUUUAAACAAAAUAUCCACGUUUUUUAACAGAAAAACAAUGGUUAAAGUGAAAGUAGAAAAUGCCGACGCAUCCGUGGAGAUCAGCGGCGAUGUUACAAUCAAGGAGGAGGAGUCAUACGACGACAAAUUGGUCUUCGUGAACGCUAUUGCCAAGCCGAUGGCAGGUAAAAAACUAGCCAAAAAGUGCUACAAGUUGGUGAAGAAGGCCAUGAAGCACAAGACUUUUCUGCGAAAUGGAUUGAAGGAUGUGCAGACUCGCCUGCGCAAGGGUGAAACUGGAAUUUGCAUCUUUGCUGGUGAUGUGACACCUGUGGAGAUCAUGUGCCAUUUACCCGCCGUUUGCGAGGAAAAGGGCAUUCCAUAUGCCUAUACACCAAGCCGAGCAGAUUUGGGAGCUGCAAUGGGCGUUAAGCGGGGUACAGUCGCCCUCUUGAUCCGUCAGAACGAUGAUUACAAAGAUCUGUACGAUGAGGUCAAGGAGGAGCUAUCCGGGCUGAAUAUACCCGUGUAGAUUUGUAGUCUUCUGCUAAUUAAGUACUUAGUUAAGUUAAAACAAAAAAGCCUAAUAAAGGUCAGAAAAUGCCGAUUUUUUGGCAACAACAAA